CCCGAAGCAAAACAAAACAGAAGCAAAAAUCAUAAGAUGGUUGGCAUGUGGUCUUUGUUUCUUGAGAUAGACCAAAGCAAGACCACAUGGGCAUUCAAAGCAAGAGCGAGUCGGGUUUAUCGUGAACCGGCACACGACUGUUUUCCGAAGUCCGUGGAGAUUGUUUUUCAUGAUGAGGAGGGUUCCAAGAUGCACGCGCACAUUCAGGACCAAUACGUCAACAAGUUCAUCGGUAUCUUCAAGGAAGGUCGUGUUUUCGCGGUGAAAAAUUUCAUGGUGGAGGAGAGUUAUAUGUUUUUCAAAACCACAACUAGUGCC